UGAGUUUGCCCUAAAAGAAAUCAUGUCAUCAGGAGGAGCUGAAGAUGAUAUUCCUCAAGCAGAGAGGAAAACAGUGACAGACUUUUGCUACUUAUUGGAUAAAUCUAAGCAGCUAUUCAAUGGCUUAAGGGAUUUACCUCAGUAUGGGCAGAAGCAGUGGCAAUCCUAUUUUGGGCGAACAUUUGAUGUUUACACCAAACUCUGGAAGUUUCAACAGCAACAUCGACAAGUAUUGGACAAUCGGUAUGGGUUGAAGCGGUGGCAAAUUGGGGAAAUUGCUUCCAAGAUUGGGCAGCUCUAUUACCAUUAUUACUUGCGCACUUCAGAAACCAGCUAUCUCAAUGAAGCUUUCUCCUUCUAUUCAGCAAUUAGGCAGAGGUCAUACUACUCCCAAGUCAACAAAGAAGACAGGCCUGAAUUAGUGGUUAAGAAGCUGCGUUACUAUGCGAGGUUUAUAGUGGUUUGUCUCUUGCUCAACAAAAUGGAUGUUGUAAAGGACCUUGUAAAGGAGCUGUCAGAUGAAAUUGAAGACUAUACUCAUCGUUUUAAUACUGAAGAUCAGGUGGAGUGGAACCUGGUUCUUCAGGAAGUGGCAGCGUUUAUUGAGGCAGACCCUGUCAUGGUUUUAAAUGAUGACAACACCAUUGUAAUCACCUCUAACCGGCUUUCUGAAACAGGAGCGCCAUUGCUAGAGCAGGGAAUGAUAGUGGGACAGCUUGCUCUUGCAGAUGCACUGAUUAUUGGGAACUGCAACAACCAGGUCAAGUUCAGUGAAUUAACAAUUGAUAUGUUCCGAAUGCUACAAGCACUUGAAAGGGAACCAAUGAAUUUAGCAUCACAAAUGAACAAACCUGGAAUGCAGGAGUCAACGGAGAAACCAGCCAGGCGGGAAAACCCCCAUAAAUAUCUACUUUAUAAACCAACUUUUAGCCAGCUAUAUACAUUUUUAGCAGCAUCAUUUAAGGAGCUGCCUGCAAACAGUGUACUGCUGAUUUACUUGUCUGCCACGGGCGUGUUUCCAUCAGGUCGUUCGGAUAGUGAAGGUCCAUAUGAUUUUGGUGGCGUUCUGACAAAUAGUAACCGGGACAUCAUAAAUGGAGAUGCUAUCCACAAGCGAAACCAGUCUUACAAAGAGAUGCAUUGUCUUCACCCUGGAGAUCUCUACCCUUUCACAAGAAAGCCCCUGUUUAUCAUUGUGGACUCUUCAAACAGUGUCGCCUAUAAGAAUUUCACAAACUUAUUUGGACAACCAUUGGUGUGCUUGCUUUCUCCAACAGCAUAUCCAAAAGCAUUACAAGAUCAGUCUCAGCGGGGUAGCCUCUUCACACUCUUUCUGAACAAUCCUUUAAUGGCAUUCCUGUUUGUCUCUGGAUUAUCAAGCAUGCGCAGAGGAUUGUGGGAGAAGUGUCAAGAUUACCUUAGAAAAAUCAACCGAGAUAUUGCCCAACUGCUGACCCACUCACGAUCCAUAGAUCAGUCCUUUCUUCAAUUUUUUGGGGAUGAAUUUCUUCGCUUGCUUCUAACAAGAUUUAUCUUCUGUUCGGCUACUAUGAGGAUGCACAAAAUUUUCCGGCAGGAGACUCGAAAUUAUCCAGAAUCUUAUCCUCAACUGCCAAGAGAUGAAACGGUGGAGAAUCCUCACCUCCAAAAGCACAUUUUGGAGCUGGCUUCCAUACUGGAUGUUAGGAAUGUUUUCCUGGAAAACACCCUCGAUGACUAUUAAAAGAAACUGUCUUACUGCAAAGGGGUUUCCCUGGCCACAGAUUUUGAAUGGUGCAGUUUUAUAAUGUGAAAAUCAUAAAAGGAAGUACUUGAUUUUAUUUUUAAAUUUAGGACCAUUAUUUUAAAAAGUAAUACUAAACAGCUGUUAGUUUAGCUGUUCCAUUCUGUAUGGGGUCAAUUUUAUAAGCAGAAGUUUUCAUGUCUUUUAAAUGUUAAACUAAAGAAUCACUAGAGGUUUAUUUCUGGUCUUGUGGCUAUCAACCACAUUUCCAACAGCUGAUCCUAAGCAUAGAAGUAUUAUUGGUUACCUUUAGCCCACAUUUGUGGAAAUCCUUUAUUUUUAUACAAUUUUAAGAAAUUGGAAAAAAUCAAUAGAAAAACAAUAUUUUAUCCCCAAAGAGUCUGGAUUUGAAAUGGUAAAGAUGGAACCACAUAGUGCAAACCAACAAUAGCAAUAAAACAGAGUCCUUCAUAAAUAUAUUUUUGCAGUCUUAGGCAAGUAAGUAGAGAAAACUGUGGACAAUUAAGUUGCAUUUGGAGCAGUGGGUUUGAAGUGAAGUUGUAAAGAUACUUAAUGCUCCCUAUAAAUUUGACACAGCAAUUUUAUAUAUGAACUUUGUACUGCUGGCCAAGGACACAAUUUCCACUCUGCCUGAUUGAGUAGAUGGUUAGCAGAUGAACAAAUUACAAAACUAAGAAAGCUAGCCCCCAUCUCUCACUGUAAUAUGGGUCAUCUUGCCAUUUGUAUUGCUGCCACAGUUUUCCAGGAGGAGGGGGCAUUCUUCAUUUCGAGGUACUAAACGGAAUUACAUUUCUAGCAGGUGUUAGUCCCUCCUUUCCAUGUGUGGAUGGAAUGUGUGGCUCCCACAGUGUUACCAGUCCCUGAUAGGAGCUGAAAGAAUGUCCCAUAUAGUGCUGAAUACGAGCCCAUCCUAUCACUCAUUUAUCUGACGGAUCUGUGCUGGAUCCCUGUGCCCGAGGAGAGAUGCUGGUGCUCCUCUCGCAGGUUAAACAAAGUGUGUGCUGCCAUAAAGCCCUGUUAAUGUUUUGCAUGCCCACCAUUGCAUCUCAGUCCUAUCUUUGAACCAGUAAAACUGAGGGGCUGUAAUUAUGUGUGGCAGCACUAUAGGCUCCCUCAGCCCAUAAUGCUCAGUCUGGGUAUGUUAAGGAGUAGAGUGGCCUUUGUAAAGGCACUUGCUGGAGAAGGCUGUUCUGACUGCUGGGAAAAGUGCUUGCUGACUCGUUUGGACUGUAGUGCCUUCCUUGCAGAGCUACAGGACCUCUUGCAACUCCUGACAGUGAAAGUGUGAGCAACAAGAAGGAAAUGAAAAUAUUUUAAACUAUUAAAUGAAAAAGUCUAUUGUCACUGUUCCAUGAGCUGCUAGAAAAGAAGUGAAAGGACAAGUCUGAUCAGUACUUUUAUGUUGAACCCAGCCAUGUUUCUGUUUUUAGAGAUGCAGAAUUGGUGACUACCACAGUAUCAUGGUAGGCCUGUUUGGAAUGCUAUCGUACAAGGUCUGAUCUAGUCAGCCAGAAUAGCGAAGGGCAGCAGGUCAGCACUGGUGGACCCCGUUCAGCUGAGGAGAGCACAGGAUGGUCCAGUAAGAAUCGCUGGAGGGUAGCUGGGAAGUUUGCAUGAAGGUUCUUUGUGGCUGGGCUGAAGCUUAUGCCAUCCAUUCUUUAAUUUCCCAAGGGUAAAAAUUUCUAUGAAUGCUAGUGUUUGUUCUCAGCAGUCUUGAAGCUGGUAUAUUGAGCCCCCCACCACUUGGUGCUGCUCUUCUUUGGACUAUGGCAGGACUUCAUUACCUGGGAUGUGGAGUUUAUUUUAAAGAGUGUGUGUUUGUGUGUGUGCAUGUGUAUUCUAGGCGUUUGUGUGUAUAUGUACAAUACGCAUACAUCUACUGGCUGGUGUAAAUUGUAAAUAUGUAUAUAUGUAUAGGUACUUGUAUAUGUAUUAAAAAGAAUGAAACAGUACAAUGUCUAUAUACAAAAUUUAUAUAUACACACAUACGCCAUUUUGGGUGCAUUCCACAAGGUGUUGCAGAUCAUUUGUGGUUGUAGUAAAGGUUAUGGUUCUUCUGCCAUUGUAAUUUGCUGUUUCCACUUGGACCUUGACAUAAUUCAUAACUGAUUUCAGGUACAGGAGGCCUUAGUUAGCCAGGGGAAUGAGUACUCCUGUAUGUAUUACAGUGAUACGAUUAAUGUAUUCUUAACUGUGAAGCUGAUGAUCUGCCUUUCUGGUAGGAGGUCCCCAGUUAUUAAAACAUGGGAUUGUAUGUAGAAGCUAGAGAUACGGAAAGCCCUUAAUGCAGUAGCAAGUGAGAGACGGGUUAUCUCUUGGCCUGCCUGCUGUUCCUCCACCAGCAGUGUUCAACUUGCAUGGAAAAGGGGAAUUUAAUAUUCCCCAGCUCACUGCCUUCCAACUAAAUGCUUUUGUUUUGCUUUAGCUUUUG